CGGCCCAGCCUGUUAACGCACAAGGAAAGAAAUUCCCAGUCCCACUCCCGUCGGUUUCACUCCCCCGUCCUCUAGCUCACCGCCGCCGCCGCCGCCGCCGCCGCCGCUUUCUUCCGCCAUGGCCAGCCCCGCGGAGAGCUCUCGCCGGCGGGAAGAAGACCGCACUCCAUCUCCUUCCAGGUCUUCCUCUUCUCGCCCCAGCAAGUGCAGGACGGCGGCCGAGAGACUCACCGACGACCUCCUCGUGGAGGUCCUCUCGCGCGUCCCGGCCAAGUCGCUCUGCCGCUUCAAGUGCGUCUCCAACCACUGGCUCAGCGUCAUCGACCACCCCGACCACCGCAAGAAGCUGCCCCAAACCCUCACCGGCUUCUUCCACGGUAGCAGCAACCUCGAGGAUUGGAUUCUGGAAUCACCUGUCCUCUUCACCAGCGUGUCGCCCUCCCCUCCCAUGGACACCUCAUUCGCCUUCCUGCCCAACCACCAGCAGUUCGAUCUGUUAGACAGCUGCUACGGUCUCCUCCUCUGCCGCUUGUACAACGUCUCGGCUGAGGUUGGCAAGUGCCAUUAUGUGGUGUGCAAUCCUGCCACGGAGAAGUGGGUCCUGUUGCCGGACUCCGGCCAGGACAGUGUCAACGCAUGUUUGGGCUUCAACCCAGCCCUGUCUUCGCAUUUCCAUGUGUUUGAGUUGGUGGAGGAGCAGGAUAACUACAUUUCCGGAGUGGCAGUGUAUUCGUCAGAAACCGGAGUUUGGGUUUACAAGGAAAACAGAUGGAACAAACGUGUCAUGCUCAUUGAGCUUCAGCCAUCAUUUGUAUUUCUUAACGGCUAUCUGCAUUUUCAAGUCGAUGGCCAUGACUUUUCCCGUUAUCUAGCUGUGGUGGACACGGACGGGGAAACAUGGAUGAACUUCAGUGUCCCUGGUGGCCUGCUUAACGGUUUUAUUCAACAUUCACAAGGCCGCUUGCAUUAUGCCAAUUUUCAGAGAGAUGAACAUGGUGGUGUCUUUCGACUAGUGGUUUAUGUUCUUGAGAACUACCAAAGCAAAGAAUGGACAUUGAAGCAUAGCGUUGAAACUUCAUACAUACUUGGAAGGACAGAUUACUGCAUUGAUGGGUUUGAUUGGAUUGCGAUUCAUCCGGAAUGCAACUUGAUAUUCUUCACUAUUGGGCAGGAACUCAAACUCAUGUGCUAUAAUAUGGAUCGUCGGCAACUCAAAGUGAUCUGCAAUCUUGAAGGUGUCACGCCGCCAUAUCUGUCAUAUGUGCCAUUGUAUGCAGAGUUAGAGGCACUGCACAUUUGACAUCAGCAGUAGUUCAUAUUUGGUCGCACUUUAUGUUGUUUGUACUUGUUUCUGUAUACUAUCAGUGGUUCUGUUCAGUGCUACCUCCAUGUGCUCGGUUAACUUUGCAAAAUGUUUCAGCAAAGCUACUAUGAUCA